UUUUGAAAUUGUAUUCUGGCGUGGCUUGUUUUAUUAAAUUUGGGAAAAAUAUAUUUAAAAUGAAUAAAAUUAAUGUGAUUUCGUUUUUGGAGGUGUACGAGAAGCACCCAUGUUUGUGGGAUCCGCGAAAUAAAUUGUAUAAAAACCAUUCAUUUCGAACAUCAGCUCUGAAUGCCAUAAAGCAGGAGUUGUCUCUAACCCUGUCUACGGAGGAGCUAAAAGGGAAAAUUAAGAGCUUGCGUACAAUGUAUACAAGGGAAGCAGCUAAAGUGGCAUCGUCCAGAAAGAGUGGGGCUGGUACGGACGAUUUGUAUGUCCCAAGGUUGUCAUGGUUCGAGGUGGCGGACCGAUUUUUGAAGCCAGUAGCAGAAGGAAGGCCCUCAAAAACUAAUAUGAUCGACGUCAGGGAAAGUGAUGCGUCCUUUUUCGAUGAUGAGCCAUCGGGAUCACAGACUUCCUCCCAGGCUAAAAAAGCGAAAAGGACCACACAGGCUAAACACCGGUCGCAGGAGGUUCAACCAAUUUUGGAGGCGGUGACAAAAUUACAAAACAUAUCGCAUACGAAACAGCCGGAUGAGUUUGAGGUAUUCGGGAGUCACGUGGCAAACCAGCUGCGAAAUAUGCCUCUGGAAGAAGCGAUUUCUUCGCAGGCUUUUAUAAGCAAUUAUUUGUCUCAGCGUCGCCUGAAAAUAUUGAGAGCUACAGCAAUGGGUAGUUUCCGACCAGAGAGCUCGGAAUCGGGAAAAUAUUCAAUAUAUUCGGCACAAAGCUCUAGCGUAAUACCGGAUGUGUAUGAAGACGAUUCGUUUAUUGACGACAGUUUCUUCAUACAAGAUACGGUAGAAGUAGAAACGGUUGAGCAACAAGACGACGAAUACUUCUGAAACUUUUUUUUUUUAAAUA